AUGCAAGUGGUGGAUGAGAGUGUGGAGGGAGGAAAGGGCGAUGGGACCAAUAAUGGUGGUGACGGUGAUGGUGGUGGUGAUGUGGAGGGUUUGAGGGAGAACGAAGAAGAUGGUAGGGAAAAGGAGCAAGAGCAAAGGGAAGGAGCAGGAGAGAAAGAGAAGGGAGGAGAGGAAGAGGGGAGAGGAGAGGAGGGGGGCGAGAAAAGGACUGUGGUAGGCGAGGAUUUGGAGGGGAAAGGUGAGAUGAAGCUUGGAGUGGAAGGGGGUGGGGAGCAGGAGGAGAUGGCUGCGGCAAGGGAUGGCAAGCUGGGAGAUAGCAGUGAUAGAGGGGAUGGCAAUAUAGAGGAUGAUAAUAGAGAGGAUAAAGGUAGAAAGGAUGAGACGAUACAGGUUGGUAGUAGAAGAGAUGGUGAUAAAGGGGAUGUUAAUAAGGCAGUUGGAUUGGAGGAGGGAGCGGGGGAGGGAGUGAGGGAGGGGGUGGAGGAGGGAAGAAUGGGUUAUGCAAUGGAAGCUAUGGGCGAGAAGGGGGAGAAGAAGGGAGAGCAGAAGGAUGAGAAGGGGGAGAAGAACGAGGAGAAGGGAGAGGAGAAGGAGAAGGUUGAGAAAGGGGAGGAGAACGAGGAGAAGGGAGAGGAGGAGGAGAAAGGGGAGAAGGGGGAGGAGGAGGAGAAAGGAGAGGAGAAGGAGAAUGGGGAGAAGGAGGACGAAGGGGAGGAUGGUGAACAGAUGGAGGUGGACGCACAGCCUGUUGAAGAGAGAGAGGGCGGAGAGGAGGGGAAGGAAGUGGGGGAAAGGUUGGAGGAGCGGAAGGUUGAGGAAGGGAGGAAAGAGGAGGAAGAGAAAUUUAAGGAAGAGAAUGAGGCGGGGGAGAAAGGGAUGGGAGGGGGCGAUGGCAGUGGUGCGGUGGAGAGAGGGUGCGGAGAGAAGCAAGGUAACGUGGCAGGGGUGGAAGGCAAAUGUGGGAUGGGGAUCCCUCCUGAAGGGGAGGGAGAGAAGGGGGUGAACGAUGCAGGACGAGUUGAUGGGGAGGCAGGCGAAAUGAAGAGGUUGUGGAUGGGAGAGGCAGGGGAAGGAGAGGGUAUGAUGCUGGAGGGACAAGGACAUCAGGUGCAGGGGGGAGUGGUGGGGGGUUUGGUGGAGGGAAUGGUGGGGGGAUCUGGGGAGUUGAAGGAGGCACAGCAGCCACAGGAGUGUGUUGAUGGGUAUGAGAAGGAAGGGGAGGAGGAGGCAAAGGGAGAGGAGGGCAAGGGAGACGAGGGUGAGGGUAAGGAGGAUGGGACAGAUGAAGCUGCAGUUGAUGGUAGACAGGUGGGGAUGGGCGCAGAGAAUAGUGAGUUUGAGGACGGUGCUUCUAAUGCCUGUGCAGCGGGGGAGGGUUGUGAGAAGGAUAAGGAGGAUGGGACGGAUGAAGCUGCAGUUGAUGGUAGACAGGUGGGGAUGGGCGAGGAGAACAUCAAGUGUGAGGACGGUGCUGCUGAUGCCUGUACGACAAGAGAUGGCAGUGGAGAGGGCAGUGGGGAGGGCAAUGGAGAGGGAAGUGGAGAGGCGACUGGAGAGGAGAUUGGAAAGGGGAGUGGGGAUGGCAUAAGUGAGGAUGCUGCUGUGUGUGAGGGGUGGGACACAGUCGAAGGAGACAGAGGUAGCUUGGGAGAGGGGGAGGGAGUGGUAGGGGAGAAGGAAGGGGGGAAGGAGGGGGGAGGAGUGGGAGGGGAGGGAAGAGAAGGAAGGUUGGUUGAGGAGGGAGGGGAUGGGGGAAGGGGAGGCGAGGGAGAGGAGGGGGGCGAAGAGAAGGGGAUGAGAAAGGGAGUGGUUGGGGAGGGAGGAAAGGAAUGGCAAGAGAGAGGAGCAGGCGAAGGGAUGCAAGAGGGAGAAGUAGGACAGGGGGAGGAUGGUGAAGGGGAAGUGGGAGUGGUUAAAGUGAAGGGGGCGGGUCAUGAAGACGAAGGAGAAGAGGGAAGAGAAGCAGGGCGAGAGAUGGUGAUGGUGGGGGGGGGUAGUCUGAACGAAGGAGGGAAAGAGAGUGAUGAAAGAGGGCGGGAGAUUGAGGGGAUGAUGGUGAGAGGUGGUCUUGAGGAACGAGGAGGAGCGAGAAGAGAAGUAAGUCGAGAAAUUGUGGCGGUAGGCACGAAAUUGGGCAAGAGAGCGGACAGAGCAAAGCUCAAGGCGGCAAAGAAGGUGCUAAAAAAAGAGAUGCGUAAAACGAGGAUGAAGAGGCCAUCAAAGGGGGCGGUUCGGCAGUCUCUGGGCGGGUCAUUCUUUCAAAAGCAGGGCCGUUUGGAGGAAAGGGAUGAGCUGAUGGAGUCGUUUGCAGGGGUGUUUGACAGCACGCCCGGUGCUGUGUUCUCUGCUCUCAUGCAGAGCGACUGGGAGGACCAGAUCGUGUGGGGCAGCCCUGAACGCGCCGAGAGCUGGGAGGGCGAGGGUGAGGGUGAGAGACGGGAGAGAGGUGGAGUGGGGGUGACGGGGCAUGGGGAGAGGGAAGGAGAGGAAGAGGAGGAGGACGAGGAGGAAGAGGAGGAGCGGAAGGGGAGGAGGGAGGAAGGUGGUGAGAGGGAAAACGGGGAUGUGGAGGGGAAGAUGGGAAGUGAAAGGCACAUGGAGACGGAUAAAGUGAAGAUGGAUGGCACGAGAGAGGGUGGUAUUGGAGCAGAGCAAGGCGGCAAGGAGGAAGGGACUAUUGAGAGGCUUGAUAUUUCUGGCGGGGAGGAAUCAGACGAGGAUCUAGAAUGGGAGGAUGGUGGCACAGGGGGCUCAGGUGCGUCUUGGCCCAAGCCCAGGGCGUUCAGAGGCUGGGAGGAGGAUGGAGAGGCUCGGGAAAUCCACCCGCUGCUGCUCCGGCUCGAGUGCCAGGCUCGGGCCGAAGCUAGGGCCAAGGCUAGGGGAAGGAAGGUGGGAGAGGAGGGAGGAGACGGGGUUGGGAAGGGAGAGGGAGGGAGGGGUGCUGGUGCAGGUGGGGAGGGGGCAGGGGGUAUGUCUGGUGAUGCGGAAGGUGAUGGUAGGGGCGAUGGUGCUGCUGGUAAGCUUGAUGAGAGGCCUGGGGAUGAGUAUGGGCGUGAGCACGAGGCAGAGGGAGAGGAGGGGGAUGAAGAGGAAGAAGAAGAGGAUCCAGCCAAGGCGGCAGUGAGGAGGCGAGUGAGAGAGGUGCUGCGGACUGCAGCCGUGCCUAGAAACACAGAGCUGGACUCGGGCGCAUGGUUGGAUGCGGUGCUGUGGGGUGAUGAAGAUGAGGAGGACGAGGGCGAGGAGAGGAAGGAGGCGGGUAAGGAGGAGAGGGAGGGGAAGAGGAAGGGUGGCAUGAGGGAAGGGAGAGAGGGAAGUGUCACUACAGACGCUCCUGUUCUGCUGACCUUCUCACAGGUGUUUCCACGGGCUUCAAGGCGCAUAAAGGUGCACAAGCCAACGAAACUGGCACCGUCCACCGUGGAUGUUCCCUUGGCCCGCCCUUCUCUCCUAUCUCGCCCCGCUCCUCCGCGCAUAAUCUUUGACCUCAGCGAUCGCCGCAUGACCUUCCAGCUGGUGGGACCGCCGCUCGUCGUGCCACAUCAGCAGCAGCAGAUGCUGACGCUCCCAACGUCAGCACCCGUAACUGUCGGCGAAACAGCAGCCGCCGCUGCCACCCCUGCCACCACCACCGCCGCAGCAGCAGCAGGAGCAGCAGCAGCAGCAGCAGCAGCAGCAGCAGCAGGAGCAACCGCGUCUGAACCCAGCAGCUCCAUCGUCCCUCCACCAACCUCCCUUUCCUCCACGCUCCCAUCAGCACACCGCCCACUCCCAGGGGACGCAGCAGCGGGGUGGCUGCCUCCCGAGUUUCUGGCAGAGGCAGCAGCGUGGUCGGUGGAUUUCUCGCGUGACCAUCUGUACCAGAGCAGCAAGGCGGGCGUGGGGGCGGUGGGCGGGGCCGGGGGUGGAGGGAAGGCGCACGGGAAGAAGCGCGCGAGCACGAGUGUGAAGGUGUACCACUCGCUACCGGCUAUUAGACUGCAGACCAUGAAGCCACGACUGAGCAACAAGGACCUGUCUCGCUCCCACCGCCCGCAGGCACUGUGGCUUGCGCACCAGAGCGAGGCUGCUUUUAAGAUGUCUCACUGCUCUUCCAACCCCCCCCGUUCCCAAUACUCCCCCCUCCUCCCUCCUCCAGCAAAAACCUAUCGCACUUCCACCGGCCAUAGGCGCUGUGGUUUGCGCACCAGAGCGCUGUGGUUUGCGCACCAGAGCGAGGCAGCAGCAAGGGCGCAGGGGCGUGUAGAGGGGCAGGAGGGCAGCCUGCGCGUGAUCGUGCGGACUCUGGGCAGCAAGGCUGUGAAGCUGCACGUGGGCGCGGGGGAGAUGCUGGGUGCACUCCGGGCCAAGACAGCCAAGAAACUGGGAGACAUGAAGGAGAGUGAGCCGGUACGUUUCUUCUCAAACAACCAGGAGGUCACAGCAGGCAGGCCGCUGGGAGAGCAGGGCGUGCGGAGCAACGCCAUCAUCCACGUCGUGCGCCCGCGCCUGCACCCCUGGGGGCGAGCGCACCUGAAGCUCCCCGGCGACAGCAAGCCCAAGCGUCCCCCUGGGGCGUUUCGGAAGAAGGCGGAUCUGUCGGUGAAGGAUGGCCACGUGGUGCUCAUGGAGGUGUUGGGAGGGGUGAAUGGUGGUGAGUGGGAUAGGACUAUUUCGUCCGCCUUUCUCUUCCUUUCCCCUCCCCCCACUUUCUUCUCUCUCCCUCCACCUAUCCCCCCCCCUCUCCUCCCCGCCCCUUUCCCUCCUCCUUCUUCUUUCCCCCCCUCUCCCCCCCCCCUCUCCCGCCCUUCCCCCUCCCACCCGCAGGAGUCCCCGUUCCUGGGCGACGUCAGGCCCGGCACGAGCCAGUCCAGCCUCGAGACGAACCUGUUCCGAGCCCCGGUGUUUCAGCAGCAUGUGCCGCAUACGGACUACCUGCUUGUCCGGUCGCCGAAAGGGAAGCUUUCUAUAAGGAGGAUAGAUGGCAUGCAAGUGGUGGGGCAACAGGAGCCGCAUAUGGAAGUUAUGAAUCCGAUCUCUAAAGCUGCCGUACUCCAUAGUAGCAACCGCCUUAUGGUUGAAGUCUGUCGGACGUUUCGUGAUUAUGACAAGGAUAAAGACGGCGGCGGGAGCGGCGGUGGGAAGGGAGCGGCGCAAGGGAAGGGUGGGAAGAAGGGGGGGCGGCGGGCAGUGGUGAACGCGCCUAAAGUAAGGGCGGAUGAUAUUGCCGCGCAGUUCCCCACGCUCACCGAGGGGCUUAUAAAGAAGCGGCUUAAAACGUGUGCGGAGCUGCAGCGGCUGGAGGGCGGGGAAAUGUGGUGGGUGAUGAGGAGAAACUUCCGGGUUCCUUCCGAGGAGGAGCUGAGGAGAAUGGUAACUCCAGACUUGGUGUGUUGCCAUGAAAGCAUGCUGGCAGGCCUGCACCACCUUCGACGAAUAGGAAUCCGCCACCUCACCAACGCGUCGCCGCCUCUCAGCACCGCCAUCGCCCAGCUCCUCCCAGACAACCCGAUUAAGAUGGCAGCGAGUCUUCUUAUAGAGAGGGAGUUACUGCUGACCCCCUGGAAUUUAUCCCACAACUAUGUAUCGAGUAUGACCCACGGGAAAGGGGGGUUAGAGAAGCUGGAGAUAAGUGGAGCUGGGGACCCUUCCGGGCGGGGCCUGGCGUUUUCCUUUCUCAAAAUCCAGCACAAGCAGCCAGGAGCUGAGAAGAUCAAGGUGGUGGAAAAGCGCGCGGCGCAGGCUCGGGGCGGGGCGGCGGUGACAGGCACGGACGCGGACCUGCGAAGGCUCGGGAUGGAGGCGGCUCGGGAGGUGCUGCUGAAACUGGGAGUGGCAGACGAGCAGAUCCAGAAGAUGGGGCGGUGGCACAGGAUAGCGUUGGUGAGAAAGCUGUCUUCGGAGCAAGCGGCCGCUGCUGCAGGGAAGAGUGGUGAUUCCGUCGCUGCGCUGAAUAAAUUUGCGCGCGGGCAACGCAUGUCGUUUUCGCAGCUGCAGCUGCAGACGCGCAGCAAGUGCCAGGAGGUGUGGGAGAAGCAGGUCAGGAGCUUGUCUGCCCUGGCGGAAGGGGAGGAGGAGGAAGAGGAAGAGCUGUUGGGGGACUUGGACUCGUUUGCGGGGGACUUGGAGAAUCUUCUGGAGGCUGAGGAGGGCGGGGAGGAGGAGAGGGAGGGUGGUGGGGCAAGGGGAGGCGGCGUGGGGGGGAUGAGGAGGAGGAGGGCGUGGGAGGUGCAGCGAGAGGAGGAGCUUGAGGAUGAGGAGGCGGAGGCUGCUGCCCUCAGGCGCAUGCUGCUGGAAGGUAGGAGUGAACCUUCAUCCGGGGGUGAACCUUCAUCCGGGGUGAACCUUCCUCCGGGGGUGAACCUUCCUCCGGGGGUGAACCUUCAUCCGGGGGUGAACCUUCAUCCGGGGGCGAACCUUCAUCCGGGGGCGAACCUUCAUCCGGGGGCGAACCUUCAUCCGGGGGCGAACCUUCAUCCGGGGGUGAAUUUUCAUCCGGGGGUGAACCUUCAUCCGGGGGUGAACCUUCAUCCGGGGGUGAACCUUCAUCCGGGGGCGAACCUUCAUCCGGGGGCGAACCUUCAUCCGGGGGCGAACCUUCAUCCGGGGGCGAACCUUCAUCCGGGGGCGAACCUUCAUCCGGGGGUGAACCUUCAUCCGGGGGUGAACCUUCAUCCGGGGGUGAACCUUCAUCCGGUGGUGAACCUUCAUCCGGGGGUGAACCUUCAUCCGCGGGUGAACCUUCAUCCGGGGGUGAACCUUCAUCCGGGGGUGAACCUUCAUCCGGGGGUGAACCUUAAUCCGGUGGUGAACCUUCAUCCGGGGGUGAACCUUCAUCCGCGGGUGAACCUUCAUCCGGGGAGUGAACCUUCCUCCGGGGGUGAACCUUCCUCCGGGGUGAACCUUCCUCCGGGGGUGAACCUUCAUCCGGGGGUGAACCUUCAUCCGGGGGUGAACCUUCAUCCGGGGGCGAACCUUCAUCCGGGGGCGAACCUUCAUCUGGGGGCGAACCUUCAUCCGGGGGCGAACCUUCAUCCGGGGGUGAACCUUCAUCCGGGGGUGAACCUUCAUCCGGGGGUGAACCUUCAUCCGGUGGUGAACCUUCAUCCGGGGGUGAACCUUCAUCCGCGGGUGAACCUUCAUCCGGGGGUGAACCUUCAUCUGGUGGUGAACCUUCAUCCGGGGGUGAACCUUCAUCCGCGGGUGAACCUUCAUCCGGGGUUGAACCUUCAUCCGGAGUGUGGGCACAUCGGUGUGCCGAUCGAUAUGCCAGGAUCAAUGGGGGGGGGUGCGUGUGGGGGUGUGGGGGGGGAUGCGUGGGGAGGGAACGGGGAUGGGGACGGGCGCGCGCGGGGGCGGGCGGGGCGGUGCGGGCGCGUGCAUGUGCGUGUUUGUGUGCAUGGAUGCAUGGAUGCAUGGUGGCGUGCAGAUGAUGAUCCCAAGGAGAACAGCAAGAAGAAGAAGGAUAAGAAGAAGGAGAAGGAGAAGAGCAAGGAGAAAGAGAAGGAGAAGGAGAAGAAGGAGGAUGGAGGGGAGAAGAGCAGCGCUGCAGCUGCCAAGCACGGCGAGGCAGGAGCAGGAGGAAUGGUGGUGCGUCCUUGGCUUGGCUCGUUCCUUGGUUUUCCUUGGGCUGUAUUUGCCUCCUUGCCACCUCCCAUCUCUUCCCCCCCCUCCCUUGCAUCCUUGCAUAUGAAUCGGUUUAUUGUCCUCAAAUUCUUCGCAAUCCGCUUCCUCCUCCUCACUCCCCCCCUCUCAUCUCCGUGCCUCCCUUCUCCUCCCCUCUCAUCUCCGUGCCUCCCUUCUCCUCCCGACCAAGAGGCUGGGAAAGUUGCAGCAGCGUCAGCAGUAGGAGGCGCGGAGGGGGUCGGAGGGGCAGCGGUGGGUGCGGAGGGGAAGAAGCGGGUGGUGGUGAAACGGCUGAAGAAGAAGAUCAAAUCGCGGCUUCCCGAUGGCACGUUUGUGUUCAAAGAGAUCAUCAUCACGGACCCACAGCUGAUCGAGGCUGAGAUGGCCAAGCGAUCAGCCCUGGCAGCACAGAGGGGCGCGGCAGGGGGGCAGGGAGGGCAGCAGGCAGAGCAGCAGGCAGAGCAGCAGGCGGGGCAGCAGGAGGGGCAGCAGCACCAGCAGGGAGGAGGGGCAGAGAAGGGCCAAGCAGGUGCAGACGAAGCAAGCAAAGCUGCUGUGCCCGGCACUCCCUCCCAACCACCUGCCACACCUUCGAAAAAGGCUGCCCCAGAUAAGGGGGGUGAGGGCGAGGGGGCAGGAAAGAAGCGGAAGAGGGGAGGGCAGGCAGGAGCCAAGGCAGAAACCCCCGCCAAGGGAACCCCCUCUAAAGGGACCCCCACUCCCACCAAGAAGGAAGCUGCUGGGAAGAAGGAUGGCAGUGGGCCAAAGAAAGGACAGAGGGCGUCAGUGGUGUGUGGGGCGUGCGGGCAGGAGGGUCACAUGCGCACUAACCGCGCAAAGUGUCCGCUCUAUAUGGAGGAUGAGGAGGGAAAUCAGAUUCACAGGGAUGGGGCGCUGGCAGAGGGGUUGCUAGAGAGGAAAGGGACGAAAAUUAAAAUCAAGUCGAAGCUGCUGCUGGGGAAGGCUGGGGGAAAAGGGGGAGCUGAGGGGUCGGGUGGAGGAGUGAGUGGUGCUGGGGGGUGGAGUGGGGUGGGAGGCGGUGGUGGGAAGGUUGGUUCUGCUGGUGCCGGUGGUGUUGGUGAGGGUGCAGGCGAUGGUGAUGGUGGUGGUGGUCCUGCUGCUGCUGCUAGGGAUGGGGAGGAUGGAUUUGAAGUUGAUCUGACAGCCACACAGCCUAGCCAAGCCAGUUAUGGUGCUGGUGCUGCUGCUGGUGGUGCUGCUGGUGGUGAUGGUGAUGCUGGUGUUGGUAAGAAGGGUAAAGAGAAAAAGGAACGGAAGGAGAAGAAGGGGAAGAAGGGGAAGAAGGAGAAGGAGGAGAAGAACGAGGGAAAGAAAAGUUCUCACUCUGCUUUGGAUGAUGAAGUUCCUGCUGAUGCAGAAGCUAUUGCCGGCGGUCUUCAGCUUGCGGACAACACUAUCGAGAGGAUCACGGGAGGAGGUGUGGGCGAGAGGGAGGGGAGUGAGAAGGGGGGGAGUGAGAAGGGGAGGAAGAGGGGAAUGGGGAAGAAAGUUUCUCUGAAGGUGAAAUUCCCUAGUGUGAAGAUCAAACUGGGAGGCAAAGGAGGUUCCGAGGCGCAAGGGAAUGUGGGGGAUGGGGAGGAUUGGCAUAGAGGAAAAGGGAGAGGGCGUGGGGUGGAGGAUUUGGCAGGGAUGCAUGGCGAUAUCAGGGGUGAGGGGUGGCAAGGAGAGGGGGACAAGGGAGGAGAUGAGGAGGGGGAGGUUGGUGGUGAGGGAGAGGAGGAGGAGGGGCAUUUGGAGGGAUGGGGGAGGAAGGAGGAGAAGAAGAGGAAGCGGAAGAGGAGAGAGAGGGGUGGGGUGAACAGAGGGUUGGAGAGGCACGAGGGGGAUGGUGGGCAAGAGGGGGGAGGGGCAGUAGGAGCAGGGGAGGAUGAUGAAGGUGGGAGGAAGAGCGGAAGACAGGGUGAGGAGGAGAGGAGUGUUGGGAAGAAAAGUGGGGAGUUUCAGAAAAGGAGGAGGAACGAGGGGGAGGGGGAGAGGGAGUGGCAGGAAGAGAGCGUGGAGGAAGGAUACCAUAAGCCGAAGAAGCUGAGGAGAGAGGAGAGGAGCGCACGUGGGGAGAGGACUGCGGAUGAGAAGGAGGAGAGGGGGCGACAGGAGCAGCACCAAGAGGAGGCAGAGGCAGCGGCAGAGAAGCAGGGCAGGAGAGGUGAUGAGAUGCGGCAGCGAUUCAAGAAGGCAGCAAGGGGUGGGUUAGAUUCAUUCGAAGAGGAAGGAGAGAUGGAAGAGGUGAAAGGUAGUGUGAGGAAUGAAGAAUGGGAGAGAAGGCAGGGGAGUGAGAGGAAGGGCGAGAAGAGGAGGGAAUGGAGGGAAGAGCAUGAGAGGGAGAAGGAGAAGAAAAGGGAGAAGGGGCUGGAGAGUGAAGCUAUUGGCAGUUAUGCCGAACCUCACCCUGCUGCCAGGAGGCUUGCUGCUUCGGAGAGGGAGCGAGGAGGCUCGGCAUCACCAGGUUCAGAGGGUUGGGAGAGGGGGAGGAGUGAGGAAGGAGAGGGUAAGGUGCACGAGAGAAAAGGGGAGGAGAGGGAGAGGAGGAAGGAUAGGGUAAAAGAGAGCAGGCAUUAUGAAGACAAGGAUAGGGAGAGAGUAAGGCACAAGGAGAGGGAUUGGGAAGGAGCAAGGGAAAGGGAGAGGGAUAGGGAGAUAGGGAAGGAGAAAGGAGAAGGAAGGAUAUUGAAGCUAAAGCUUGAGAGGAAAGAUAGUGAGAGGGAUAGGGGAGGGGAACGAGCAAGGGAAAGGGAGAGGGAUACUGGGGUGCGGAGAGGGGGGAAUGAGGUGGAUAGGGAUGGAUGGGAGGAAAAGGGGCAGGAGAGGAAGCAGGAUCGUGAGUGGGGACGCGAGAAGGACAAGGGCGAGGAGAAGAGGAGAAAAGGAGAUGCACUCGGGGAGAGAGAUGAGUGGAGGGGAAGGGAAGAUAGGGACCGGAAAGAGACGAGGGAGGGAAGAGAAGAGAGGGAGGGGAAAGAGGAGAGGGAGCGGAGGCGAGAGAAGGAGAGGAAGGAGAAGGAGAGGAGGGAGGAGAGGGAGAGGAGGGAGGAGAGGGAGAGGAGGGAGGAAAGAGAAAGAUCUCGUUCUGUAGGUAUUGAAGAGCCACGAGGGAAGGGCCGAGAGGAGAGAGAGGUGAGAGAGGAGAGAGACAGGGAUUGGCAGGAAGAGGAGAGGAGACACGGGGGGGUGCAUGGAGGGAAACGGCGCAGUUCUCAAGCUCUUAAGGGACCUCGCUCAAAGGGGGUGGCGGGGGAGGGAGCGAAGCGCAGCGCUACUCCUGGUGCUUGGGACAGUGGUGGUGGGCGCAGCGAGGGGGGGAGGGGAGGAGGGCCGGCUCUGAAGCGUGUGAAGCUGCCUGAAGGGGGUGUUCUGGCCAAAGAUUCUCUUCGGAACAUCUUUGAUAAUGUGCUUGCGUUUCUGCGGCUCCAUGCGGAUAUCUCCUACAUUUUCCAAAAGCCAGUCACGAAGAAGGAAGGCUCCAGACUACCAUACAUCAGGCCAGCGGCCAUGCAGUUCCUGCGAUCGGUCCUCGGGACUGGUGGAGGGGCGAAGGAGUUUCCGUAUAACAUCGGCGAAGCUUAUCCGUCGGCAUGGGGCCCGUGGACGCACCAAAAGGGCACCUGCAAGGAGGACGGCAGCGCGGUAUCAAUUUUCUCCAUAACGGGCUCGAAUCCUCAAGACGCCAGGCUUCCUCCUGCCCGAAACUGCGUCAAGCGACUCAGAAUGGUGCGUUCGGCGAUAUCAAAAGGCUCCUGCGGCAUCCGAACGUGUUGUCCGUUCCUGAACAGCCUGGAGGUGGAGAAGGAGGAGGGCGGCGUGCAGAAGCCGACCAUAUACAUCAUCACCGAGCCCGUCAUGCCACUGGACCUGCGACUCAAAGAGCUCAAACUCAAGGGGCCGCAGAGGGAUGAGUACUACGCAUGGGGAUUGCUGCAAGUGGCCAAGGCUGUCAGCUUUCUCAACAACGACUGCAAGCUGGUGCACGGCAACGUGUGCAUGGCGUCGGUGGUAACCACCGGUGCGCUGGAUUGGAAGUUACACGGCUUUGAUGUGUUGUCAGAGUUCGAUGGGGGCAAGGCAGACGCCCCUGAGGGGCCCAUGCUGCCAUACGAGUGGAUGGUGGGCGCGCAGUACAAGUCAAUGGAGCUCGCCAAGAGCGACUGGGCGGCCAUCAGGAAGGGCCCUCCCUACGCCAUUGACUCCUGGGGCCUUGGCUGCUUGAUUCAGGAGGUGUUCUCGGGGCACCAGCUGACACGCACAGAAGAGCUCAGAAACACAGCCUGCAUUCCCAAGACGCUUCUCCCGGACUACCAGCGCCUGCUCAGCUCUGCCCCUGCCAGGCGACUCAACCCCGCCAAGCUCAUUGACAAUAGUGAGUUCUUUCAGAACAAGCUAGUGGAGACGGUGCAGUUCAUGGAGGUGCUGAGCCUCAAGGACAGCGUCGAGAAGGACGGAUUCUUCCGCCGCCUCCCCGCCCUGUGUGACCAGCUCUCGCGCCCCAUCCUGCUCAACAAGAUCCUGCCCCAGCUCGCCUCUGCUCUUGAGUUCGGGUCUGCACCUGCUCCUGCACUGACUGUGUUGCUGAAGCUGGGCGGGUGGCUCAACCAGGAAGAUUUCAACGCUAAGGUUCUCCCCACUCUUGUGAAGCUCUUUGGCUCGUCAGACCGAGCCAUCCGGGUGUCACUACUGCAGAAUCUGGACUCGUUCGGAGCACAGAUAGCCCCCAACGUGGCAGAGGAGCAGGUGUUUCCGCACCUCAGCUCUGGCUUCACUGACACCUCGGCGCUGCUCAGAGAGCUCACACUAAAGUCCAUGCUGCUGCUCGCCCCCAAGCUCUCGCAACGCACUCUCGGAGGGUCGCUGCUCAAGCACCUCUCAAAGCUGCAGGUGGACGAGGAGGCAGCCAUCCGCACCAACACCACCAUUCUGCUCGGCAACAUUGCCAGACACCUCAACGACGCUACGCGCAAGCGAGUGCUCAUCAAUGCCUUCACUGUUCGCGCUCUAAGGGACGCCUUCCCCCCUGCCAGAGCGGCAGGCAUAAUGGCACUGUCAGCCACACGGGAAUACUACGAUGCCACUGAGAUCGCCACCCGCAUUCUGCCUGCUCUGGUGGUGCUCACUGUAGAUGCCGACAC